CUGUGGGUCUAUGAGGUGUAUUGGGGUGCAGUGGGUCCUAUCUAUUGUGGGUGCAGUGUAUUAUGGGUGCUAUGUAUUGUGGGUGCUAUGUAUUAGGGUCCUAUGUGUUGGGGUGCAGUAUAUUAUGGGUGCAGUGUAUUAUGGGUGCUAUGUGUUGGGGUGCAGUAUAUAAUGGGUGCUGUGUGUUGGGGUGCAAUGUAUUAUGGGUGCUAUGUGUUGGGGUGCAAUGUAUUAUGGGUGCUAUGUGUUGGGGUGCAAUGUAUUAUGGGUGCUAUGUGUUGGGGUGCAGUGUAUCAUGGGUGCUAUGUAUCGGGGUGCAGUGUAUCAUGGGUGCUAUGUAUCGGGGUGCUAUUUAUUAUGGGUGCAGUGUAUUAUAGUUCCUAUGUAGCGGGGUGCUAUGUAUUAUGGGUGCUAUGUGUUGGGGUGCAGUGUAUUAUAGUUCCUAUGUAUCAGGGUGCAGUGUAUUAUGGUUCCUAUGUAUCGGGGUGCUAUGUAUUAUGGGUGCUGUGUUGGGGUGCAGUGUAUUAUGGGUGCUAUGUAUUGGGGUGCAGUGUAUUAUGGGUGCUAUGUGUUGGGGUGCAGUGUAUUAUAGUUCCUAUGUAUCGGGGUGCAGUGUAUUAUGGGUGCUAUGUAUCGGAGUGCUGUGUAUUAUGGGUGCUAUGUAUCGGGGUGCAGUGUAUUAUGGGUGCUAUGUAUUAUGGGUGCAGUAUAUUAUGGGUGCUAUGUGUUGGGGUGCAGUAUAUUGUGGGUGCUAUGUAUUAUGGUUCCUAUGUAUCGGGGUGCAGUGUAUUAUGGGUGCUAUGUAUUAUGGGUGCUAUGUGUUGGGGUGCAGUAUAUUAUGGGUGCUAUGUAUUAUGGGUGCUAUGUGUUGGGGUGCAGUAUAUUAUGGGUGCUAUGUAUUAUGGGUCCUAUGUGUUGGGGUGCAGUGUAUUAUGGGUCCUAUGUAUAAGAGUGCAGUGUAUUAUGGGUGCUAUGUGUUGGGGUGCAGUGUAUUAUGGGUCCUAUGUAUCGGGGUGCAAUGUAUUAUGGGUCCUAUGUAUAAGGGUGCAGUGUAUUAUGGGUCCUAUGUGUUGGGGUGCAGUGUAUUAUGGGUCCUAUGUAUAA